GGAACGGAGCUUCUUCCGCAGCGGCAGUCCGUCGCCCGAGCACCAGCGCCAUGAACGGGAUGCGGGGGCCCUUCCGGCCGCUCUUCUGGGCCGCCGCCGCCUGCCUGGCCGCGCUAUGCGUGCUGAGCGCGGCCGAAAUCUCAGCGCCUACGGCCAACUUCAGCGAGUCCUCAUCAGUGCCGCCCAGUCAGGAACCCACGACGAAGGCCACUCCCGCGCCCACGACGAAGGCCACUCCCGCGCCCACGACGAAGGCCACUCCCACGCCCACGACGAAGACCACUCCCGAGCCCACCCCGAAGCCCACCCCAACCCAAGCUCCGGCACCAGAAAGCUGUAAAGAAUACACUAACUGCAGUUCCUGUGUUGAGAGUAAAAAUGCCACCUGCUUUUGGACAGUUUGUAAUGGUUCUGGCUAUUGUUCAGAAAAUGCAGCAACUCCAAAUUGCACUGUUGUUAAUAGUUCAAGUAACUGUAUAGUGGGACCUACUACCAGUCCACCUCCAACUAAUUCUACAGCGAAACCUUCACCUGCAGCCUCAACCAUCCCAGCUGUCACCACAGUUGUCACAUCAGGUGCAUCAAAUGUAACUGUGACUCCCACCCCUUCUACGAGAAAAUCUACUUUUGAUGCAGCUAGUUUCAUUGGAGGAAUUGUUCUCGUGCUGAGUGUGCAGGCUGUAGUUUUCUUUCUCUUUAAAUUUUGCAAGUCCAAAGAACGAAACUACCAUACUCUUUAAGACACAUUAUAACAUGGACUAGUAGUUUAAUGUGUAGUUUAUUGAAACCAAAAUAUUACCUUUUGAGAUGUCCUACAUGGAAGACAGUGUUUCAAAAUCUUUAAAUCUCCAAAGGAUGCAUAUAGGAUAUUUUGGAGCAUCUUCCUUGAAGAAAAAGCAAUUCAAUCACUUGUACUCAGCAGGAAUACUUAAAAUAUUCUGCAUGAAUCCUUGUGGCUAGCUGUCUUUUAUUUUAAGUGGCUGCUGCUGUGGGGUUUUUUUUUUCCCUCUUACCAUGACAUGCCUAAUAUAGUUUUUUUUUUUUUAAAUUUGGUGGACUCGCUGUUCUGAGCUGACAGUUUCAUAACUGCCAGCAGUUUAAGUUGAGUCAUUUUAAAGCCUAAAAGCUGCAUUAUUCCCAUUUUCACUCAGGAUGUAAAUUCAUAGACUAAAUUGUGAGAAUGUGCCAAAUGAUCAGUUGGUGGAUUUUUGACUGUUGGUCCAAAAGUGGAAUUAAUUUGUGGGAAAACAAUACUCUUACUGUAUAUCCUUGAAGUGGAAUUUAGUGCUUGACAAACCUGUAUUUUUUUUUUCUACAUUAGAAAUAAGAUGCCAUACAGGAAGUUACAUUCCAGAUUUAAUGCAAAGGGUACAAACCAUAAAUAUGUAGCAGGUUAUUGUCCAUUCUUUAAAAGCACCUUAUCAUUGGGAAAACAAAGAACAGUGCCUUAAAUUAAAGACAAGACAGAACAAGGUAGACUGUAACUUUAAAUGUUUAUGUGAUUUGACAUUUUUCAUUAAGAAAGGUAACAUGGGCUUAACUUUCUGAUCAGCAUCAACAUGCACUCAAAUUUGGUAGAAACUCAGCAACAUGUUAUUAUGUAAUUUAAAAGUCUCAGCUACUUAAUUUUGAAACUAAAGAAUGUUAUAGGAAGUUGAAAGCAUUCAUAAGUUAAAUUCUUCAAUAUUUUUGUGUGUAUCUGCUAAAAUAUUUUUAUGAGGUUUUAUUUUUAAAGGUACAGGAUAAUUUUAGGGAAAAUAUUAGGCAUAUCUUGCUUUACAUUUAUUUUCUAAAAGUUCUUUGUAUGUAGCUGUAGUACCUUUAAGCAUUCCAAUUAAGCUUUUGUAGAAAUUUUUAAUUUGCUAUAAGGCAAGGAGGAAACAAGUACUAGUUUGAGAAUCAUUCACAAGUUCAUUCCUUAUUAAAAAGAGACAAUCAGAGUUUUCAGACAGUAGAUAUGACUGGUGAAAUUUCAAGAAAUGACAGUUAUUUUUGUGUGUUAGAGCAGAUUCCUAUAGGUCUUAGAAUUGUUUCAUGGUGAUUCCCCUUAAGAUGAUUUUUUUAAAUCCCUGUACCUAUAAGGGAACACAUGCUUGGAAUACAUCUUUCAUCUAAUACUAAUUUUUCCAAUCUCAGAACAACUUAGCAUUUUUAAUAAAGGUUUUUCUUACAGUCUUUUUUCUCCAUCAAUAUUCAAUUGGAUUUGGCUAAUAAGAGGCUUAAAAAUAGGUUGUUUUUUGUUUUUGUUUUUUUCUAGUUCAUUGUUAUAUCUGUCAUUUGGUACUUGGUGGCUUGUUUCUAGCACUACUGCAGCAGCAGAUGGCAUUGCAUUGAUUUAUUUUUUGGUGGGGGUGGCAGAACAGCUGAAAACCCUUGCUCCAAUAAAUUGAAUUACAUUAAAGGUUUCUAAAAUGAA